CCGACCAACCGCCGCGUUGCGCGUGCUGCUCUGCGUCGUGUGAGUCUGCUCUGGUGAGCUCGUGGUGCGGGAACCAACAGGUGGUGAUUGGUGUCAAUUCCGGUUGGAUGGGUCGAAGAAUUGUCGAGGAGUGCUCAGAUCGUAUAGCGCGUUGGUGAUUGAGGUGAACGGGAGUGGAUGCGCUGAAAGUGAGACGACCUCCGAUCACUACGUCACCCUCGUGAAUCUCUCCUGAUGGCCCUGUAGCUGCCGACUGGCCGCACCAUGGCGAGCGGCACGCCGUCGGCGGACCCGGAGCGCGGAGGGCGGCGGCGCGCCAAGCUCUCGGAGCUCAGCAGCUUUCUGCCGAGCGUCACCACGCCGCUGCUGGGCGGCGGCGGCGAGCGGGCGCGCCGGCUGCCGCCGCUGUUUGAGCGCGCCGCGCACAGCUGGUGGGAGCCGCGCUUCGACUCGGACAUCCUGGAGGGCCAGUACCGGGUGACGACGUUCCUGCGCAUCAAGCGGCGCCUCCAGAUCGGCGUGGCGUUCGCGCUGCUGGCGGCUGUGGUGUGGUGCGCGUACGUGGCCGUGUUCCGCGACCUGGUGCUGCUGUCGCUGCUGCUGGUGCUCGGCGCGCUGCCACUGCUCGUGGUGUUCGUCAUCAGCGAGACCUCCUACUUGGAGCACCACCUGGUGGGCGUGUCGGCGGCGGCGGCCGUGGGCCUGAGCCUGCUCUCGCUGCUGCCGGCCGUGGCGCAGCUGGAGGUGUUCCCGGGCGGCCACUCGGUCACCGAGCUGCCGCUCUUCACCUGGGCCGUGGUGACGGUGACGAUGGUGUACACCAUGCUGCCGCUGCCGCUGUACGUCUCGGCGCUGAUGGCCGGCGCCUACUCGGUGACACUGGAGGCGCUGACGGCUGCCGGCGGCGAGAGCAGCACCGUGGCGCACAUCGCCAUCCGCGCCGGACUCCACCUGUGCCUCCAUCUGAUCGGGCUGCGUACACUGGUGCUGGCACAGGCCCACAUGCGCAGCACCUUCAUGACGGUGGGCCAGACGCUGCUGACGCGCCAGCAGCUGGAGCUGGAGAAGCAGCUGAAGGAGAAGAUGAUCCACCUGGUGAUGCCGCCGGUGGUGGCUGGCUGGGCGCAGGACCGUAUGACGGAUGAGCGCACACUGCUGGAGUCGAGCAGUCUAGGCGCCGAGCUGGCCCGGCCGCUCACCAGCCAAACCACCAGCCCUGAGAUCAGCUUCAGGCCCUUCAACAUGCAGUCCAUGGACCCGGUGAGCAUCCUGUUCGCCGACAUCGUCGGCUUCACCCGCAUGUCGAGCAACAAGUCGGCCGAGCAGCUGGUCGGUCUGUUGAACGAUCUCUUCGGUCGGUUCGACGAGCUGUGCACCCGACACGGCUGUGAGAAGAUCAGUACUCUGGGGGACUGCUACUACUGCGUCUCGGGAUGUCCGGAACCGCGCGACGACCACGCCAUCUGCUGCGUCGAGAUGGGCCUGUCGAUGAUCACGGCCAUUCAAGAGUUCGACGAGGACAACUGUGAGGAUGUGAACAUGCGCGUGGGAGUGCACACGGGGCGAGUGCUGUGCGGUCUGGUGGGAACCAAGCGGUUCAAGUUUGACGUGUGGUCGAACGAUGUGACGAUGGCCAACAAAAUGGAGUCGUCCGGUCGGCCGGGCGCGGUGCAUGUGUCCGAGCGAACAGUGAAAUAUCUGCAGGGAAAGUACGUCGUCACGCCCGGGGAGCCGCUGUCAGGGCUGGAGACGUUUUUCAUCGGGGGUCGCCGGUCGCCAGUGCGGACCGAGAGGCCGGCCGAGGGGGACGGGGAGGGGGAGGGGGAGGAGCCCGGCUCACCGCCCAGUCAGGAGCGGCGCGACUCCUCCUCCAGCCUCCUGCACAAGAAGGCCUGCUCCUUACCCAGCAUCAUCGAGCCCUCGGGCACCUCCAAACAGCCUGGUUCUCCGGAGCUGACGUCUACGCUGGACCGGAGAGGACGGCGGCCUCGUCUGCGGACGAUCCGCACCGAUACCGACCUCCGAGGUCGACUGUGCGGAACGACGCGGACGCGGUUAACGAGCGGCAACUUUUGGCUUCACUCGCUGCCCGAGGAGCAGCACCCGCCGCACAUCACAGAGCUGAACGGAACGAAGCCCGGCGACCUGCCUUCCCACCGAGUAGCAAACUUCAACAUGUCCAGCCAGUCCUCAAUGCUGGAUCCCUCCGCCACAGGCGUUCCGAUACCCGGCGCCGGAGACGACACCGACCUCCUCGGCGGCGACGGCGACCGGGCGCGGCGCGUCAGCCAGCAGCAGAUGCAGCGCAAACUCAGCGACCUAGAGAUGAUCAAGUGCGUGCAGACCAUCACCAGCAAGGCCAACUACUUCAUCCAUCCGCCCAUCGACCGGCUGACGCUGUUCUUCGACAAGCCCGAGUACGAGCGGCUGUACCGGAUGCAGCACGCGCGCCGGCACCACGGCGGCUCGGACACGCUCUCGCUGCCCAAGUACAACAGUCUGGUGGACACUCUGGUAGCCACAGCCGUGUUCGUGGUGCUGACCGCCGAGCUGUACGCCACAUUCGAACCUAGCGUCGGCUGGGCAGUGUUCUCCGGUGUGGCGGCCCUGUGGCUGGUGCUCAUACAGUGUAUGAUGUGGCUGCGGCUCACCUCGGACGUGCCACGCGAUCUGGACAAGAUGCCGACGCGGUUCGAGCUCGUGUACACGUGGUACACGCGCUGGUACCCGUUUCACGCGGUGGGCGCGAGCCUAGUGAGUCUGCCGGUGGCAGCCGUGUUCGCGAACUGGUCGUGUGACGCGUUCGAGAGCGACUGCUCGCACGCCGACCUCUACUUUCUCAUGUUCCUCGUGGGUCUAGUGCACUUCUGCAACUUCACGCAGCUGAACUGCUGGAUGAAGAGCGGUCUGGCGACGCUGUUCGCGGCGGCGAUGGCGGCCCUACUGUGCGGCGUGCCCUGCGACUGUCCGAUGGAGCCGGUCGGGCCCGCGGAGCCGGACGGGGAGACGGGCGCCGAGGCGGAGGUCGAGCGCCGACGCCUCGUGUUCUCGGCCUCGUUCAUAGUCGGUAUGGUCGUGGUAGUGGUGCUGAUCUGGAUCCUGAACCGUGAGUUCGAGAUCAGCUACCGGCUGGGGUUCUGUGUGAGUCUGACGGCAGCCCACGACAAGGCUGAGGUGCAGCGACUGGAGGGACAGGCCGACUGGCUACUGCACCAGAUCAUACCCAGCCACGUGGCCGAAAUCAUCAAGGAGCAGGCCAAGUACUCUGAGAACCACCGCGACGUGGCCGUCGUGUUCGCCAGCAUCGUCAACUUCAACGACCUCUACGACGAGACGUACCACGACGGCCGAGAGUACAUGCGCGUGCUGAACGAGAUCAUCAGCGACAUGGACGACCUGCUGAAAAAGUACACCAGCGUCGAGAAGAUCAAGACGAUCGGCAGCACGUACAUGGCCGCGUCUGGCCUGAACUCGAGUCAGCGCAACGAGGCGCAGCGGCCCGACCAGCACCUGGUCGAGCUGAUGGAGUUCGCCAUCGACCUGCAGCGCACCGUGGCCGCCUUCAACGAGACGCUGUUCGGCUUCACCAUGGAGCUGAGGAUCGGUUACAACAUCGGCGACGUCACCUCGGGCGUCAUCGGCACCACCAAGCUGUACUUUGACAUCUGGGGUGACACGGUCAACAUCGCCAGUCGCAUGGACUCGACCGGUGUCACGGGCCGGAUCCAGACUACGCAGGCGUGCGCCCAGCUGCUCGAGCCCUACUUUGAGUUCGAGCGGCGCGGGGAGGUGUUCGUCAAGGGCAAGGACAACAUGGUGACGUACUUCCUGGUGGGGAAGCGCGACAGUGCGCCCGCCGUCAGCAACACGGUCAGCUAGUGCGGCGCCACGGGCCAUACUAAGGGCAAUAUUUUUGUGAUGUUCCAUGUAUUGUGUCGCAUAUCGCUGACGCUGGCGGUCACUCGCCGUCUUCAUACGCCAUACCACAGUGAGUGCCGUCGUCGGCCGUCGUGUCUGGUCGGCGUCGGCGCCGACAAGCGGUGAGCGUCGCCGUCGUCAGGUCGAGCUAAGAAGAGGUAGCUAGCCGAGUGUGCGCGCGUGCGUGGCCUAUUUAUACGCGGAGGGGCUGGCGCAGCUGGACGGGCGGCGCGCCGGUCGGCAGUUGGCCUGAUGCAUUCCUGUGGGCGGCGCGGCUGCGCUCCGCAGGCCUGUGCGCGGCACGUGCUGCGCCCAGUCCGACCACGAGCUUUCUGGAGCUGCCUCAGCUCGGUGGCGGCGCGGCGGCCGCUCCGCCGGCGCACGGUGCGGCCGUUCCCACUCUUGGAGCCCGUCCGGUCAGUAGGGGAGCCGCCGCGCGCUCCGCCCACACCGUGGUGAUCAGUCCAGUGACGUCACGCCAGUUGUUGUCGGCUGCGCCAAUUAGGAGCCGCACACGGCGAUCGGUGUCUUUGUUUGUGACAUGUGCUGUACGUUUUCACUCGCUCGUUUUUGCAAAUUGUUAAAUGGCGUUACGUUUCACUGUGCUGAUAAUGAAUGUUGACAACUGAUCAAAGGCGAUAUGGUAGCUGUUGCAAUGUCGAUUUUUUUAAUAGUUCAAAUGAUAAUGGGAGUCAUUCGGGUAUAUGAUUACGCAUGCCAGCUGAUGACUGUAGCACUGAGCGCCAGUGGGCCCAGUGAUCAGCUCCUUAUUAAUUGUUGUGCUAUAGUGUCCGCGUUGUUGUGUAUUCUUUCAUAUGAAGACAAUGUGACGCGAAACUGGCUGCGUUUUAGCUGUUCCUGACAUAACCAUGCCUCAUCGAUUCGAGUCGAUCUACCGUUCCGCCACUUCUGUAGGCCUUCUGAGCUCUGUAUAGCGAAACUGUUCACUUCAAUACUUCUACAUGAACAAACACUUUGUGUUGAGCUGCAGCGUCUGACCGGUCACAGUGUGUGUCUGUAGGGGAGGGGGGGGGGGGGACCGCCGCUGCCCCGGCGUACUGGCAGGCGAUGUGAUAUGCCCCGCGCUGCCUCGCACCCGCGCCUGUCUCGGCCUCCCUCGCCCUGUGCUGUUACAAGUGCCUCGCGUGUGCCCCCGGACGCCGGCGCGCUCCUCCCAUCCGAGGACGUACGCAGCGAGUGUGCGUGUGUGUAUGUGUGCAUGUGAGUCCGUGUGUCGUGUCCACGACUGUUGGAGGUGCUGCCAGAGCUACUUACCGCGUGUGCCAAGGCUAUGAAGCUAUAAUGUUAUGCCAGCGUCGGAACUUGCAUACCUAAAUGUGGUAGGGUCCGGCGAAAUCCACCCGUUUGUGCGGUGCCUUGUUGCUUGUAUUCAGGCUGGAUAAUAAAGCCAUACUGCUCCCACCCA